AUGGAAACUGUGGCUGUUACCGGAGCAGCAGGACUGGUCGGUCGUUUCGUUGUCGAUCGGCUGAGUAAAAACGAAAACGUUAAGGAAAUUAGAAUGAUUGAUCGGAAUGAAUGUCAUUUAAGAAUUAAACGAGAUAAUGUAAAUAUUCGCCAAAUGACAAUUGAUAUGUGCGAAGCUGGAACCUUGGAAAGAGCUUUAGCUGGAUGUACAACAGUUGUACACUGUGCGCAUCCACCUAUUCCAGUUGAAUACCAAGACAAAGAAGAACGACGUCAGAUGUGGAGAGAUUCAGUAGAAGCGGUUGAGAUUCUCAUGGAGAAGAUGUUGCUGAAAGGUGUCAACCGCUUAGUUUAUGUUGGAGAUGCUUAUUCAGCUUUACCUGUUGAAGAUAACUAUGGGCUUGGAGCGGAGAUGUUUGGGGGUUUCCAACAGAACUACUUGCUGGGCGAGUAUGGAGAAGCUCGAACUCGCGCAGAAAUGUUCGCAAGAACCGCAGUAGCUCGCGAAGAUAAUCAAUUAGUUGGAAUUUUCCUGAGACCUGUUCAUGUUCAUGGAGAGGGUAAAAGCUCAUUCCUAUCCAGCUUACAACCUCUGGCUGAAGCAGGAACUCUUCCAUACUUCGAGGGUGAGCGACGUGGAAUGCAUCAGUUUAUUUACGCUGGAAACUUAGCUGGAAUUAUAGAGAAAUCCAUAUUCUCACUAUCAACUGAAGCUGAGAAGUUCAAUGGAGAGAUAGUUUACUGUUUGGAUGAGACAUGCGCUUACCCUGUUCGAGAUUUCCUCUCUGAUCGUUUGCCAACCAAAUCUUUCAAUUCUGAUAAUGUACAAUCGUUUACUAAAUCUUGGUUCCAUCACUAUUUCAAUCAAAUUCGAUUUUCAUGCGGAUUACAGGUUCCAAAGCACACUAUGGCUUAUCCAGUUUUCCGUCUUCUGUUUGAAAAAACUGUUGGAUUCUCAAAUAAAACAUUGCGAUUGCUGAUGGAUUAUACGCCUGAGAUUCCUCAAUCGAAAGCUCUUAAAAUCUCAUCUGGAGACAUCUCAGAGAAGAAAACUUUCCAAUGA